AGAGAUGGGAAGGGGGAGUCCCAGCAGUGGAAGGGGUCGGAGCGGUGCUGAUGAUCGGCAUGUAGUGACAGCUCUCCCCUACACCAAGCGAUGCAGUGAGGACGAUCGCACCUCGCCCUCCCAUACACAGACAUGUUGCCCUGGAAAAAGAGCAAGUUCGACCUGAUCGAGGAGGACAGCAAGCAGAGCAAGCAGAAGGGCUAUGCGGUGAGCCUGAACUACAGCGCCCUGACCUCCCUGGCCAAGUCUUGCCCGGAGGGUGCCCUCACCAGGGUGGGCAGUAUGUUUAAAUCUAAGAGGAAGAAGAUCAAGAUCACCGGGGAGGACCCGACCUACACCGUGCUCUACCUGGGCAAUGCCACCACCCUGCAGUCUAAGGGGGACGGCUGUACCGACCUGGCUGUGUGUAAGAUCUGGAGUAAGAGUGAGAUGGGCAAGCAUGGCACUAAGAUGAAGCUGACGGUCAGUGCCCAGGGUAUCCGUAUGGUACACAUGGAGGACAAAGCCAAGCGGCCCGGCCACCUCUACCUACUGCACCGGGUCACCUACUGUGUGGCCGACCCCCGGCUGCCCAAGAUCUUCGCCUGGAUCUACAGACACGAGAUGAAGCACAAGGCGGUGAUGCUGCGAUGCCAUGCAGUGCUGGUGUCCAAGCCGGAGAAGGCCAAGGCCAUGGCACUGCUCCUCUACCAGACCUCCGCCAACGCCCUGGCAGAGUUCAAGAGGCUGAAGAGGAGGGAAGAUGCCCGGCACCAGCAGCAGCAACUGAUCGGGGAGCACAACAUCCCCCUUGUCCCCCUCCGCAAACUCCUCAAUGGUCAGUGCUGCUACAAGCCCCCCGUGGAGAGGAGCCGCAGCGCCCCCAAACUGGGCUCCAUCACUGAGGAUCAGCAGGGGGAAGAGGAGGAGGAGAGGGCGAUGAGCUUCGAGUGUGAGGAUGUGCUGGACGCUGGGGGAGGGGGGGAUGAGGAGCACGACAAGCAAGAACUGGCCCAGCUUAUCAGUGACCUGGGGGAACUUAGUCUGGGCAAUGACCUGCAAACCCUCAAAGCUGACCUCAGGGUCACCAGGCUGCUGUCCGGGGAGAGUACGGGCAGUGAGUCCUCCAUAGACAGCAACCAGGAGAAUGGACACAUUGGCAAUGGUUUCCAGGAGUGCAGGGUGCUUGAGACUGUAUGAGCAAGGGAGGGGGGGGGGGGUAAGAACACCAACCCUUGGGGCAUCCUCCAAGUGUGGAGGCCAUUGAAACCUUCCCUGGGGACAUCCUCCAUGUGUGGAGGACAAUGACAUCAUCCCUGGGGACAUACUUCAUGUGUGGAAGACAUGGACACCAUCCAUGGGGACAUCCUCUAUGUAUGGAGGACAAUGACACCAUCCCUGGGGAUAUAGUCCAUGUGUGGAGGACAAGAACACAAUCCCUGGGGACAUUCUCCAUGUAUGGAGGACAAUGACACCAUCCCUGGGGACAUUCUCCAUGUAUGGAGGACAAGAACACCAUCCCUGGGGACAUUCUUCAUGUAUGGAGGACACUGACACCAUCCCUGGGGGUAUACUCCAUGCAUCAAGGACAAGAACACCAUCCCUGGGGACAUUCUCCAUGUAUGGAGGACAAUGACACCAUCCCUGGGGGUAUACUCCGUGUGGAGGAAAAGAACACAAUCCCUGGGGACACUCUCCAUGUAUGGAGGACAAUGACACCAUCCCUGGGGACAUCCUCCAUGCAUGGAGGACAAGAAGACCAUCCCUGGGGACAUCCUCCAUGGUAGGAGGACCAUGGGCAAUGACACCAUCCCUGGGACAUACUUCAUGGCAGGAGGACCAUAGACAAUGACACCAUCCCUGGAGUAUAGCGAUGUCAGGAAGGCAUUAUUGACAUCAUCCCUAGGACAUACUACGGCAUCCAAAUGGCAUUUUAGAGACCACACACCUCCAUACCAAUAUCAAGAAAGCAUUAGACAAUGACAGCAUCCCAGGGAUAUACUGAUAUUAAGAAGACCAUAAUCAAUGACACCAUCCCUGGGGCAUAGUGAUGUCAUGAAGGCAUUAGACAUCAUCCCUGGGACAUAUGACCGCAUCCUAAUGGCAUUGUAGAGACCAUGCGCCUUUAUACUGUUAUUAAGAAGGCAUUAGACAAUGACCACAUCCCUGGGACAUACUGAUAUUAGACCUUGGGACAUACUGAUAUUGGAUCAUAGACAAUGACCACAUCCCUGGGACAUACUGAUAUUAGACCAUAGACAAUGACCACAUACUUGGGACAUACUGAUAUUAGGAAGACUAUAAUGACAGAACACCAGAACCAUACUGAUGUUAGGAGGACCAUAGACAAUGACCAUCUAUGAAUCCUAGUGACGUUAGGAAGGCCAUAAAAAAUGGCAGCAUCCUGAUGAUGGGGUCCUAGAGACCAGGAAACCUUCAACAAUGACAAUGACAGCAUGUUGAUUGAUUCAUAGGGACUGUGCACCUUCAUGCAUACAAUCAUUUACCAAUGUCAGGAAUACUUUAAACAAUGAUACAAUUUUUAUGGGGGUCCUGCAGCUCUGUACAUACAAGAACUGUGUUCACUAUAUAUACAACACACAAGAACAUACUGACAUCAGGAAUACCUUGAACAAUGACAGCAUCUUAAUAGGGGUCCUACAGAUCUUGCACAUCUUUACAUACAUGAACGCACUGACGUCAGGAAUACCUUUAGACAAUGACCGCAUCCUGAUGGCACCUUAGGGACUUUGCACCUUCAGGACUGCCAGAGACCUGCAGUUCUAACUCACCCCCCCUUGCAGAGAGUACAAAAGGAUUUUCUGACAUGGAAGGGAAAACAAUGCAUAUCUAUGAUGGCAGAAGAUGAUCUGGCACAUGCACUGUUAUGGUGACACAUGGGUGAAUGCGUUUACAGUACUGCAUAGUGUGCAUGUGUUGUAUGUAUUCUUUUUGAAAUGUAUAUUUUGAUGCUCUUUGUGCCACAAAUGUUGUGCUGUCCAGGGGUCAGUCCUUCUGGAGGUUGUGCACUGUGGGAAUGCAUGUGUUAAGCUGGUCAUACAUGUAUUGAUUUCUUUCAGUCAGCCUGCAGACCGAACAAAAAUAAAUAAAUCAGAUUCCUCCAUUAGCCCUAAACUGUGCAGAAUACCAGAACAGUGCCUGCAUUUGAUUGGAUGCAGACGUGGUUUGGCUGACAAGCUUCCUCCUGCUUCUUUUGACAAACAUUUAAUUGAAAAAUCAACUUUUUGACAAUCCAGGUGAUGCUGACAGGGCCACCCACAGAGCUAAGUUUGGUGAUUCUGCAGAAGCCAAUUGUAAUUCAAUGCAUGUAUGGCCUUUAGGCUAUAGAGAGGCAGAGGCAUAUUAUAUUUCCAGGCUAUUCCCCUCAAACUGUUCUACUUCUGUCAAAGUGCAUCGUUUGGAGGAAUUGUAAAUGGUUGACACAUGCUUCCACAACUGAACUGUGAUGAACAUCUUAUGCCCCCUCUUAAUCCAGGUUUACUAAGAGCUGUAUCCAUGUCAGAUUAUUAAUAUUAUUUUUUUUAUUU